GUUUUGCGAAUAUCUAACCUCCAACGCAAGACCGACCGAUGGCUUCCGUCGCUAGCCUCCAGAUGCUUUCGCUCCAGUAGUGGCUUGCUCUCUUGAUAGACUUUCCCCCCCACUUUCUGUUGGGGCUCGAGACCGAGACCGAACCCGCCACGGAGACCAAGGAAAAGCGCAAGCGAUAGGACGCAGCAUCUUCUCAGGAGAUUUCUGAGACAGUCGCCGCCAUGCUUGACUCGACGGUUUACAGAAAGCUGAGCAAGAAGGAACGCACUGUCUUGACCCGGUUCUGCGCCCUGCACCAGAUUCCUGUCAUAUCCCGCGAGGCCGUCAACCACCACAUGGGCGACGCGCCCGAGCUGCUCAUCAGGAACGACCUCGGCAGAAGGUUCGCGAGCGAGGAACACGAGCUCUCGUACCCGGCCAGUCUGAGGGCGUUCCACGGCUUCCUGCUGGAGGCCAAGAAACUGCAAGCGCUUGGGGAAGCACAGGGCAUCCGGCGCCUCGUGGGCAUCUGCCUCCAAAUGCCGUGCCUCGUGAUCCACACCGCCUCCCAAGGGACCAAGCGCCCCCUCCAGGAAGAGGCCGCCCAAGCACCUGCAGGCAAGCGCGCCCGCCUGGACACGUGCUGAGCGGAACCGCGCAAGCGCUAGUGAUCACCGCAGCUUCCGGCGCAGCGAAAGCCCGGCCGUAAAACUCCAGUACUGUAUACGAA